GUAGGUUUAGAACUAGCUUGUCGUGGCUACCACGUCAAGUUGAGACUUGUGAGCGUUGGGAUCAUGGCGGAGCGCAGGAGGCAUAAGAAGCGAAUUCAGGAGGUCAGCGAGCCCACCAAGGAGGAGAAGGCUGUGGCAAAGUAUUUGCGUUUCAACUGCCCCACCAAAUCCACCAACAUGAUGGGCCACCGAGUGGACUACUUCAUUGCCUCCAAAGCCGUGGACUCUCUUAUGGACUCCAAGUGGGCAAAGUCAAAAAAGGGGGAGGAGGCCUUGUUCACCACCAGAGACUCUGUGGUUGACUACUGCAACAGGCUACUAAAGAAACAGUUCUUUCACCGGGCCCUGAAAGUCAUGAAGAAGAAGCCAGAGAAGGACCUGAAGAAAGAGAAGGAGAAAGAGAAGGAGAAAGAGAAGGAGAAGGAGAAGGAGAAGGCCAAAGGGGACAGUGGCAAGGAGGAGGAGAAGAAGGGCAAGAAAGAGAAGAAGAAGGAAGCCGAGGCAGAGUCCAAAAAGGAGAAGAAUGAUGACAGUCCUGGCUCACCAAAGAAGAAGAAGGACGUGAAGAAGAAGUUCAAACUGGAGCCCCAUGAGGACCAGCUGUUUUUAGACGGUAACGAGGUGUUCGUGUGGAUUUAUGAUCCAGUGCAUUUUAAAACGUUUGCCAUGGGACUGAUACUUGUCAUCGCGGUGAUCGCUGCCACGUUGUUCCCACUCUGGCCUGCGGAGAUGCGAGUGGGUGUGUACUACCUGAGCGUGGCGGCUGGCUGCUUCGUAGCCAGCAUUCUCCUCCUCGCUGUUGCUCGCUGCAUUCUAUUCCUCCUCAUUUGGCUGGUGACAGGAGGCCGCCACCACUUCUGGUUCCUGCCCAACCUGACGGCCGAUGUGGGCUUCAUUGAUUCCUUCCGCCCACUCUACACGCACGAGUACAAGGGCCCACGCGGCAACGGCUCCAAGAAGAGCCUCACUGACAAGGGCGACAGCAAGUCCCUGGAGUCCACCAAGGCGCAGAAGUCGGACAGCGAGGAAAAGUCAGACAGCGAGAAGAGGGACGAGGACGACGAAGAUGAGGAGGAGAGCAAGGAGGGCGACGGAGACGGCGGCGGCGAGGGUGCCGAUGUAGCGGAGAGCGAGGGUCUACCGACGGAGCGACACUCGGACACAGACAGCGAGCGGCGGGAAGAUGAGGGCUCGCAACACAGCAACGGCAACGACUUUGAGAUGAUCACCCGCGAGGAACUGGAGCAGCACACAGAAGAGGAAGAGGAGGAAGAGGAUGAGGCCGAGGGGAAGGACCGAGAGGAGAGCAGUGGGGCCAACCCUGAUACCGCUCAAACAUAAAAUAGAUUUAGAAAUACAAAAUAAAAAACAAAUACACACACAAACAUUUCGCCUCAAGCAACACGACGCCCACGCACUCCACAAGGACCUGCUAACAGUGCUUCUGUGCUGUCCUGGAGUGGCUCCCAUUUCUGUGUCUGUUUUGAGAUCUUCCAAAUCGAGAGUAACAGAAAACAUCGUGGCAAAGAGAGACCAGCUAUGACAAUGAAAAUGUACAAACCGUCUUUUUUUCUGUUAUCUAGAAUAUUUCUCCUAUAUAUAAAGAAAAGCAUAAGUAUGUAGGUGAGAAUCUCGCUUCUCUAAGCUUGAGUCUGUUGAACAUGAUUUUCAACUCAUGGUAUAGUAAUAUAUUUACCCCUAAUGAAUCCAUCCUUUAAAAGCAUAAUUUUGCAACUUUAAGUUUACAAAACAAGGAAAUAAGUGAGAUCAUUUUUCUUGAGAAUUCUUUAAGCCUUCACAUUGCUCCAUAGACUUUGCUGAAGGAGAGUGGUAUGUGAUUGCAGGGUAAAUCUUGAUUUCGUAUCGCCCCGUUUGAGACCAAGUUUUCUUUGGUUUGAAGCUACUGUGUUAAAUGGGAUGUCUCACCAUGGCAUGGUUAGGCUACAUGUGUGUUUAUCGCUGACUCUGAAUCAGUUGUCCUCCUGUUUGUUUUGGACCAAAAUCAAUGUGUUUCGUCCUUGUUGGGAAAACGGUGGCCGUCACAUGAGCAGUGUUUACAUUUCUCUCAGAAGAAUCUGAAUGUUGCAUUCAGCACCCAAAAUCUGGCUCUUAGUGCCCCUCUGUACGGGGACAGAUUGGGCUUGUCCUUGUAUGUGCACAAUCUUUUUUGUUUGUUUGUUUAUUUGUUUAUUUUAUUUUCCCCUCACGUGAAUUCAAAAACAUAUGGCCUCACCCGCUUGACACGGUACUCCAGCUAUGGAUCUAGAUCGGUGUUGAUUUCACAAAGUGAUAAAACGUGGAACAACUGUUUUACCGAAUGGCAGUGAUAACCAUUUAUCGUCUUGUUCAAGUUACAGAUCUUAAGUAGGAUACAGGACUACUCCAGUGUAUCAAGAAAGGACCUAAGAAAAUAGUGGCAAAGACAAGUAAUAUGGUAGUGUGGGGCUUGAUGAGGACACAGUACAUUCAUAAACGACACUAGUGCCAAACUCUUUUUGUACAAUUCAUUUUCUUUUGUUUUUAUUUGUGAAGACUUUCAUAUGAGGAGCGACAACUUAGUACUUUUCAACGGUAUGUUCAAGAUUUCACAACCCCCACUAGACACCGGACAUGCAGGUCAGGGACACUCAGAAAGAGUGUGGCAGAUCAGUUGGAAGCCUAAGCCAGUUUGAUGAACUUAAGUCAUGCUUUAGUUGCGGUUUGGUACUCCUGCGAAUAGAAUGUUGGAAUCUCUUGUUAAUUUAAAAUGGUAAUUCAGUGAUAUUGGGAAACCUAUGAAGCUAUGGUUCAGUACAGCCUAUUAACAAGUGGCUAUCCUUAUCGGGCUGUGGUCCAAUUCUGUCCUAACAUAGGUAUGCAUUCUGUGUACUAGAUAUUUAUUUCACAUUAGAUGUUCUUUUACUCAUAGUGAGGAUAAUAUUUAAAUAAUUGCAAAUAUAUCGUUUAUAUAGAAAGUCUAUAAAUAUAUCAAGAUGUACUCACGCUAACAGUUUGGUCAAUGAUGAACAACUGCAUUGAACAUUUUCAUUGAACAUAUACAUUUUUAGUGUCCAAGAGUCUACUGUUUUUUCCCCUUCUUUUGAUACCAUAAAAUGGUGUUCUUAAUACCAUAGAGUGGAGAUGCCUUUGCCAGGUAACAGAAUGUUACGGUUCAUUAGACAAAUCAGGGUCAGCUUACUAUGUGCUCAGCUGGCAUGCUUAACCACGAAGAGGCAGAUAAAGUUUACCAUUUUUACAUGGUCUAUUUUCGGUAAAUCAGUGUGAAAACAUCAAUAUGUACUUAAUAUCCAGUUCACAUGAUGGAUUUAUUUGGCUUGUCCUUCACACUCAUUAUCACAGUUCAUUACAAUGUAAAAUGCGAAUGUUUAGUUCAAACCUGAAUCAUGUCAUGGAUAUUCUUUGUAAAAUUUCCCCACCACACCCAAUGGAAAAAUAACAUGUAUUGUGUAAAGGUCCUAAAUGGUGGUAAUUUUUCAUUAAUCUCAAUUUUGUUUAUAAACCCUCAAAAACUGAGAUGUGUGUGAAAAUGUGUUGUUUUGACUCCACAUCCAUCGCCUUGUCUCCCACCCCUAUUUCUUGGAUACAAGCGAGAACCUGUACAGGAACGAUGUAGGAAACGCUGCACAUCUGAUUGAUCUAAGCAGAUUUCUCUCUCUCAUUACUCGAGGCAGUUCCAGUUUUCCUUUGUUUCUGUUGUUUGUCAUCUUUCUUUGUUUGAGAGCAAGCUGCCACUGUGCCCGGGCCGGUGUCAUUUGUAGAAAACUACUUCAUGAGAACUCUCAUGUUGCACAGUAUCAAGUCUGUUGUGUUCUGUAGUAUUGCUGUUUGCUGCUUCUCAUCCAGCAUUUUUUCAUGAAGAAAUGGAAACAGCCCCUUUCACCUUUUUUUUUAUUUUUUUUAAAUGGUCAAAAUGUCUUCAACUGCUUAGUUGUCCAUAUUUGGAUUAAUAUCAUUGAAGACUGUCUCUUGUGAUAUUUUGAGUAUAAUUUAAGUGAUGUCUGUCUUGAGGUAUAUCUGUAUCCUUUCAUUGCAAUAAAAUAUAGAGAGCAGA